AAACUAAUCGCACAUCGUCCGGCACCAAACCAAACCCAACCAUGCGUAUCGGAGCGACGAUUCCUAACUUCCAGACGGACACCACCAAAGGACCGAUCGAUUUCUACGACUGGCUCGGUGAUUCUUGGUGCGUGCUUUUCUCGCAUCCAGCCGACUUUACGCCGGUCUGCACGACCGAGCUAGGACGAAUCGCGGUACACCAGGAGCACUUUGCGAAGCGCAAUGUCAAGGUGCUGGCACACUCCGUCGAUGACCUAAAAUGCCACGUGGAUUGGGUGAAUGACAUUAAAUCGUACUGCCCGGACAUCAUUGGGAACUUCCCGUAUCCGAUCAUAGCUGAUCCGAGCCGGGAAUUGGCCGUUAAGUUUGGCAUGCUCGACGAGAAGGACAAGGACAACGUAGAGCUGGCGCACACGGUUCGGGCGUUAUUUAUCAUCAGCCCUGAUAAGAAGGUCCGGCUGACGAUGCACUACCCAACGUCCACCGGGCGUAAUGUCGAUGAGAUUCUACGCGUAAUCGAUUCUCUGCAGUUGACCGAUCGCUUGAAGGUGAUUGCAACGCCUGCCAAUUGGACGCCGGGAACGAAGGUCAUGAUUUUGCCGUCCGUCAGCGAGGAAGACGCCGACAAGCUGUUUCCCAACGGCAUCGAGCGCGUCUCCAUGCCUUCCGGCAACGUGUACGUUCGUACGACGACCGAUUACAAGUAACAUGUGCAACACAGCUGCUGGUGCAUUUUUCAUUUUAUGUGUGACAUAAUAAAUGUGCAUUUUCACAAUA